AUGGGCAGCCUCACAUCUUCCUCGCUGAACGGCGUGGCGGUCAUGAACGGAGAAGUAAAGCAGGCUAAUGGCGCCAAGCCCUCGCGCCCCCUCGAAGUACUGGCCGAUCGCAACGGCGACACCAAAGUCGCAGCUGUCUCUUCACAGCUGAGGGACCUGUAUUCCGACAGCGCGGUCCUCAAAAUUUGGAAGACGGCGACGGAGCACCUCGGGCGGAAGAACCCGCCAGAGACCUUCCCCGAGACCGUGCCGCAAUCUGGUCCCGAUUUUGGUGUCUACCAAUAUCGUGACGCCGAGUUCUGGACAUGUGGAUUCUUCCCAGGCAGCCUGUACUGCCUUUUGGAGAGGUCGAUCAAAUACCCGCAGCACUUUCUCAAAGACGGGGGCAAUGAAACCGUCACCGGAGAGUCGCGGCAGCAGCUACGAGAUGGCCUUCUUCAGGUGUGCCGCGACUGGGCGCAGCCGCUUCACGAGAUGGCGUAUCGAACGGACACCCACGAUAUUGGCUUUAUAGUCGAGCCGGCAUUGAGGCGCGACUACGAGCUGACCGGGAAUGCAAAGAGCCUAGGGUCAAUUCUGACUGCGGCUGAAAGUCUGGCGAGUCGCUACAACGAGAAAACCUCGGCGAUCAGAAGCUGGGACACGUUUGUGAACAAUCACCACGGGUUCUCAAGCAAAGAAAACUGCUUCCUUGUCAUCAUUGACAGCAUGUGCAAUCUGGACCUGCUGUACUACGCCGGACACCACGCUUCGUCGCAACGACUCAUUGACAUUGCAACGGCACAUGCUCACACUGUACGGCAAACUCACUUGCGAGAGAUACCUUCCGAGAACUCCAUGUACACUCAAUACUCGACUUGUCACGUUGCCAACCUCUGCUCAGAAUCGGGCAAGGUCGCUCAGCGCCUGACAGCGCAGGGUUAUGCGGACGACUCGACAUGGGCGAGAGGUCAGUCUUGGGGUAUUCUGGGCUAUGCGCAAACAUACAAUUGGACCAAGGACCCUGUGUUCCUCGCGACAGCCUGCGGGCUGGCCGAGCAUUUCAUUCAGCGGAUGGAAUCUGCGCCACUGUCGGUUGAGGUGACCCUGCCGAAUGGCACCAGAACUGGACGCUACGUUCCUCUGUGGGACUUUGACGCCCCUAUUGACGAAAGCGAUCCUCUGCGGGACAGCUCCGCCGGCAUGAUUGCUGCAAAUGGCCUGCUGCUGCUUCACAGCUCCUUGAAUGCCACUGGCGACACAGCGGGCGCGCGGAGGUUCUUCGAUGCCGCUAUGCGGAUUGUCAAGGAGACGCUUAAGCUAUGCUACAGCACCGACAAACUUCGGCUAGUUGUCCGGGACGGCGAGGGUGGAGGGGUAACCGUCGCCGCGGAACAUGAAGGCAGUGGCCAUGGCGACCCGCCGUUUGAUGCGAUACUGAUGCGUGCCACCGCAAACUUCAACCGAGACUGGACGGACAAGUACGCGAACCACGGCCUUGUAUACGGCGACUACUAUUUCCUCGAGUUCGGAAAUAGGCUUUUGCAAGCGGGCAUAUGCUGA